AUAUUUUCAUUUCGUUUGACAGCAAACUUUGCUUAGCAAAGUACUCCGGUAUAAAAAUUAUAUUCGUAUUAUUAUUAUUGUUCCAAAUUAACAUUUAUAUACGGAAAAUACAAAUUUGAAUAGGAAUCAUGGGACGACGUUCUAUUAAUACCACUAAAAGUGGAAAAUAUAUGAAUCCCACUGAUCAAGCAAGAAAGGAAGCUCGUAAAAAAGAGCUGAAGAAAAACAAACGACAGAGACAAAUGGUCCGGGCCGCUGUUCUAAAAAAUAAGGACCCGGGACAAAUAUUGGAAGAAAUGGAAAAAAUAGAUGAAAUGGAAUAUAAUGUAUUACAACCUUCACCGUUAAAUGAAAAGGUUCUUCGGGAUAAAAGGAAGAAGUUAAAGGAAACCUUCGACCGUGUGAUGCGCCUCUAUCACAAUGAUGAACCGGAGCAUUGGGCAGAAUUAAAACGCAAAGAAGUGGAGUAUGAAAAGAAACGACUCAAAAAGCAGCAAUAUUAUGAAAGUGUAAAGCAUGCACAAAGUGUACAAAUUGACGAAAUCCCUCUACCAACUUCAACACAAGGUCCAAAUGCUGGUUCCACAGGUACUGUGGCAUUUCACGUUACAAACAGAUUACCACCACCUCCUACCUCACUGUCUUUGCCACCAUUUGCUCCUGGGGCGCCACCUGGUAUUUUAAAAAAACCAAAUGAAACAACUGCAAAACCAACUGACAAAACCAAUGAUACCAAAAAGAAAGAGCUUUUAGGUGUACCGCCUGGACCGCCACCUAAUCUUCUCGAAAUGAAUGAUUUAGACACAGAUGUCGAAGAUGAUGAAGUCGAUGUGAAAGAAUAUAAUCCAAAAUUAAAAGCCACAAAGGGAAAAUCCUUAAGUAAGCCGAAUUCUUUGCAGCAACGAAUGUUAGCCAUCUCAGGUCAAAACAUUGAUGAAUUUAUGAAGGAAAUGGAAAAUGUACACAAGAAAAAAGAAAAAGAGCGUGAGGCAGCUAUGCGUGGUGAUGAGGCCUCGUCGUCGGAUGAAGACGAAAAGCCUAACAAAUUGGGAAAGUCUGACGAUGAUGAUAGUGCACCUGCUAGUAGUCGUAGUUCAGAUGAUUCUGACAGUGGCGAUGCAAGUGAAGAUGCUAUACAAUCGCCUAAAAAAAAAAGAAAGGAAACUAGUAGUCCACCAAAUGUACCAAUUUCUGCUGCUGCAAUUCAUUCAUCUGCGACUGUUCCUGUCACAAUACCUUUGCCACCCGUGCCCCCACAUGUUGGACCGCAUCUCUCUGUUCCAGCUCCACCCAUGCCUCCUGUGGCCGGUUUGGCACCAUCAAUGAUAUUAAGACCUCCACCUCUACGUCCACCUGGAGCUCUGCAUAACUUUGGUAUGCGUAUGCCACCAGGUCCACCACCUGGCCCAAGAUUACAUGGCAUGGGUGGUAUGCCACCUAGAAUGGGGAUACGCAUGCCUCCUGGACCGCCUCCUGGUAUGCCACCACGGAUGGCUCAUCAUCAUAAAAAUCAACAACAACCGCAUAAGGAUCAAAGUAAAGGUGUAACUACCAUAACAGCCAAACCACAGAUUAGAAAUUUGAGUGCAGAUGUUACACGUUUCGUACCAUCAACUUUACGCAUAAAGAGGGAGGAAACACGAAAACCUGGUACGCGGACCAAAAUGGUUCAAGAACCAAGCAUUCAAACUGCGGAAGCAAAUAAAGCGGCCACAAAGGACGAUGCCUAUAUGCAAUUCAUGAACGAAAUGCAAGGGUUAUUGUAAUUACACAUACACACUGUGUGUAUAACUUAUAAACAAAUAUAAAUUUGAAAAAUAUAAAUUUUAGUUGAUUU